UUGAGAGAGAGACGGGCAGUCAGCAUCGUUUGUAGAGUUUCUGAUGGGAAAAUAUUUUGUAGGUUUGGAUUUGGCACAAUAUAGUGAAAGAAGGUUAUCUUGAUGAUCAUUUAGGGGUUAGAGGCAGGGAAGUUUACAUUUAAGCCUGACAAGGUAAAUAAAAGGUUCAGGGUCAGUAAAUGCAAAGAAAGGCUGAGGUAAAGUAAGAAUGAUGCAGCGUUUGUUCAGUUACAGGAAGCAGUUUUGCCUGUCAGCCUUAUAAAACACAUUUCCUGACAUGAGGUUUGAACUUUGAGCUGCCGACACCUUUUCACGCUGAGACGUCUCACAUGUUGAGUUCUAACGGAGGAGAGUGAUGACCGAGCACCUGCUGAAAAUACUGAUUGUUGGCGAUGGAAAUGUUGGGAAAUCCUCCUUUGUGCAUCGCUACGUCAACGGACAGUUCAACAAGACGUACAAGAUGACGGUGGGAGUGGAUUUCUCGGUGAAGCUGCUGCACUGGUCGGAUAAAGAGAAAGUCAGACUGCAGCUGUGGGAUGUCGCAGGCCAGGAGCGUUUCAUAUCCAUGACCAGGAUAUAUUAUAAAGGCGCGCUGGGCUGUGUGAUGAUGUUUGACGUCACCAGUGCGUCCAGCUUCCUCAACUGUCGCCAUUGGAAACAGGACCUGGACAACAAGGCCAUACUGCCCAACGGACAUUCAAUCCCCUGCAUCCUGCUGGCCAAUAAGUGUGACCUCGCUCAGCGGGUUGUGUCAGCAGACAGCAUCAACAGAUUCAGUAAGGCUAACGGCUUCGUUGCGUGGAUGGAGACCUCAGUCAAAGACAACACGAACAUUGGAGAGGCUAUGAGGAGGCUGGUGCAGGAGAUCUUGUCAGUUAUGUCGAAUCUGGACUCGGUCCAACCCGGACCUGAAGACAGUGUUAAUCCUCAACUGGACUCCGAGCACAGCGGCAGCAGCAGAGCGGCAGGCUGCUGCUGAAACACUACUUUCAUCCAUACCACAGAGUCCAGCAAACACCAGGAACUGCUCAUCAGUCUACAUCCUGAAUCAGUUUUAGGUGCCACUGAGCAAGGCACUUAACCCUCAAGCACUUAGUGAUGCUCUCCGUGUCCAGCAGUAGAAGAGCACAGACGAGGCACCAGGAGAGGCAUCCUACAUGUUGAUGUUGGUGUUUUGUAACCAGUGCACUUUAAUCUUAUAGUAAACCUUUCCAACUGGGAAGUCUGUUUUGAGACAGGGUCUGCUGGACAGUUCUGGGGUGUUUAUGUGUGGGUCUGCGUGGAUCUGAGGCAGAGAGUGCACUUCCCUAAUAGACACUAAUUAUUUAAGUAUCACACUAAAAAGACAAUAUACAAUUAGAAAUCCUCAGUGAGGAUAAUGUCCCUGAGAGGAAUCACCAGACCAGAGAUUUACUGUCACAAAGCCAAAAGUCUUUUUCUUUUUCUGUCCCACUGACCCCAGUUUUUGGGACCCAAAAAACGCUAAUGACCACAUUUACAUUACAGACUAAUCUACCAAUUAUUUAUUCAAAUUAUCGUUAGAUUAAAAAUUGAGAAAAAAUGCCAGAGUCCAAGGUGAUGUCUGCAAAUGUCAGAGAUAUUCAGUUUAUUAUGAUAUAUCACAUAUUUGCUUGAUAAAAGAGUGAAAAGAUGAAUCGGUUUAGAAAUAGUUGCUGAUCACUUUUCUGUCAAUCAACUAAGUGUGAGUGUUAAAUUGUGUAACUGUAUGUAUGAGUAUGGCAAAUGUUUGUAUUGUAACCCUUAGGUGUGUGAGGGGAACUCCACUUGAAUAACAAAUAUAUAAUCUUUAACAGUGCUAUUUAUAAGUUUUUCUGCCAUAUAGGGCUAGCUGGUUCGCACGCUAACUUCAGUAGAAGAAAGGACGUCAUAGAGACAAGAGUUAACAUUGGCGUUGCUUUU